UUUUCUUUUCUGUUGCAGGAGAGAUGGUUAAAUAGUCCUUGAUAUGUGAAUAGAGUGUGGCUGCCAUUUUCUUCCAAAAUGCUGAGUUACUGCACAAAGCCUGCCUGUUUACUCAGCCACAGAGCCUCGUGUGUUCGGCCUGGGUUACUGCUGCUGACUAAACAAGGUCAACCAGUGCCUCACACCUCAGAUAUGCACACUACUACCAGCCAUGGGAUCAGUGUUAAAAUACAGGACCCUCUGGCAGAUUGUUAUGCGAUGCUAAAUCUGCGGGAGGGAUGUAACUCUGCUCAGCUGAGAGAUGCUUACAUUCGCAUGGCCAAGAGUUAUCACCCAGAUAGUGGAGCGGAGACAGCAGAUCCAGUCAUUUUCAAAACUUCACGAGCUUACGGGACAAUAAAGGAGAGGCUUGCUGAAAUGGGAGAGGGAACGGACGGGGAAGUAGAGGAACCUCAGGUCGUGUUUGACAUUUGCAACACCGCUCCGCAGCACAGGCAGUACCUCAACUUUGAGGGUAUAGGGUUUGGCACACCCACACAAAGAAUGAAGCAGUAUCAACAGCACCGUGUUGGCAAGGCGACAGAGAGCAUCAGCGACUUGCGUGUUCAGAAGAUUGCUGUGCAGUACGAGGACGCCUUGGUGGUGAAGGAUAAACAGGCUAUGAAAACCCACAAAACACAGAAUUUCAUGGACCGCCUGGUUGAAGAUUUGAUCAAAGAGUCGAUAGAGAAAGGUGAUUUUCAGGACCUGCCAGGGACUGGAAAGCCACUGGUGGAUCAUGCAGACAGGAAUCCCAUUGUGGAUUAUACCACUCACAACCUCAACAAGAUCCUCAUCAAUGAUGGCUUCGCUCCUGAGUGGAUCACCCUGGAGAGAGAAAUCCGGCAAGAGAUACGACAUUGUCGAGAAACUUUGGCAAAAGAAAGGAAUUACUUAGGAUCGCCUCCCUUGUCUGGCCAGAACCACAAUCGCUGGGUGCACCAUUCCAAGAACUUCCGACGGACCAUCGAUGAUAUCAAUGCAAAAAUACACAAGUACAACAUGGUUGUGCCUUACCUGCAGAAGCAAAUGGUUGAAUAUAACAAGGAAAAGGAAGUACAAACCAUUUUUGAAAACUGGGAAAAGUUUCUCCCAAGGUAAAAGAAGAGGAUAGGCCAAGAUCAACCAUUUACAGCUAUCCUUCAGUCAAGCAUGAGAAGAUAAACUCGGUAGAUGUUUGGAAGAAUAUAAAGGCAAUGUUCUCAACAUAAUAUUAGAUAUUAGAUGACAAUACGCAUGUUUCAAGAUAUGACGUCACGACGACAGAGUGACGUCCCUUUAUGAUACAACGUCUUCACUUUACGGCACGGUAGGGCCAAUCUGGUAAUUUUAACAUGGACUGGUAUGUAGAAUAUAGAGAAGUAAUUGAAAGGGUUACACUGAUCUUCUGAAUUGUGUUCAGGGGUGAAUUAGCGUUCCCCAAUAUUGCACAAAAAAUGAUGUUCUGUCAAUACUUUGAUCUAAACACGAUCACUGCCAUGUGAAAAGAUAGGCAAGUAGCCCUAUUGCUCCGUAAAGUGGCAAAGUCUUUUUGCACGGAGACGUCAUUCUGUUGUCGUAAUGGCGUAACUCGAAAACUGCGUAUUGAGUCCUGCAUAUCUCUGCUUUGGCAGACCAUCAUUUUAGGCUAUUCAGGGAAUGACUUACUAGUAAUUGUGCUGGAUCGAAGAAAGGUUUGACAACAAAGUUCAGUUCUAGUGGUCUAUGUCUUAGUUGUGACUAUACUUUUUAAGUUAUUGAACUACAUUGAUAUAUUUUGUCACCUGCAGGCAUUGGGAACUGCUAGCUGUGUAGCAUUGUUAAAGGUUAAAACUUGAUUGAUUUGUUGAUGGUUGAAAAAAUGUUUAUAGAAAUGAUAGGAUAUUGAAUGGUAUUUGAAUGUGCUACAAAUAUUGUUGGAACAUCUGUACAAGUACAUCAUCACAACAAAGGUUUUUUUUUCACCUCAUCAUACUGCAGUACUUUGUUUGUGACCCUACAGUUUACUUACUAAAUGAUGAGUAUUCCUGAUGAUAACCAUUGGGUAUAUGGUACUACUGUUCUGCAAACAAGUGCUUAAGAAGUGUCUUCAGUCGUAGUGUUGAUAUGUUGCUAAACAAAAAGUGUGGAAUUAAGCCUUCAUUUUUGUUUUUGAUCAGGUGUGUGAUUAUAACAUUCCUUGCAGAAGACUAGGAAUGUAAUUUGCACACCUAAAGUCCUUCUUGCCCAGACUGCUGUAAUAAAGAGUGUGAAGGUUUGGGGUGCGGUAGUACACCUGAAGAUCAAAGGAUAUUUAUUGUGAGAUUUGGGAAUGUCUUCUCAUAGACACAUGAAAACAGGUGAUCAGUGAGAAGGAAACGCUUCCUAUCUCUUGAUUACGUCCCCUUAGCUAUGAAUUCCAGUGUAUUUAUGCUUGUUAUUCAGUAGGGUGGAUUGUCUCCCUUUGUUAUGACUGCGAUAUUAUUAAAGAUUGUUGCACUAACUUUAUUCUUCACUUUUUAUAAGGUGUUGUCCGUGAACAUCAGCAGGGUAGGUCACUCACUGA